GCAGGGUAAGUGAGCGGCCACCGAGCGCGAGCGAACUUCACAGCGGCAAAGCAAACAUCGUUAAGGGGCUCUUAAGCGUGAAACACGAUACAGGAAGGUGUCUUGUAGCGUUUAUGCAUGUUGCGUUUGCCUGUUGCGAGUCGCAGUCUGCUUCCAGCUGCUGUUCCCAGAGGAGGCGCGGCUGCAUUUUACAAUGUUCGCAGCGCCUCUGCAGCAGCGGCUGCUGCCAGCAACCUGCUGGAGGUGUUUGUGGAUGGAAACCCAAUCCUGGUGGAGCCAGGAACAACUGUGCUGCAGGCAUGUGAGAGGGUGGGCAUGCAGAUUCCCCGCUUCUGCUACCACGAACGCCUGUCAGUCGCAGGAAACUGUCGCAUGUGUCUUGUGGAGAUAGAGAAAGUUCCAAAGCCGGUGGCAGCUUGUGCGAUGCCUGUCAUGAAGGGCUGGAACAUUUUAACCGAUUCUGACAAAACAAGAAGGGCCAGAGAGGGUGUGAUGGAGUUCCUACUGGCUAACCACCCUUUAGAUUGUCCGAUUUGUGAUCAAGGGGGUGAAUGUGAUCUGCAGGACCAGUCAAUGCAGUUUGGCAGCGACAGGAGCCGCUUCACUGAGGGCAAAAGAGCGGUGGAGGACAAAAACAUAGGCCCUCUGAUCAAAACCAUUAUGACUCGGUGUAUUCAGUGCACACGCUGUGUGCGUUUUGCCAGUGAAAUUGCCGGCGUGGAGGACCUUGGGACCACCGGCAGAGGAAACGACCUGCAGAUUGGGACUUACGUGGAGAAGAUGUUCAUGUCAGAGUUAUCUGGAAAUGUUAUUGAUAUAUGCCCCGUGGGGGCCCUGACGUCUAAACCGUACGCCUUCACAUCUCGUCCAUGGGAGACCAGGAAGACCGAAUCCAUUGAUGUUCUGGAUGCUGUGGGGAGUAACAUUGUGGUGAGCACUCGUGGUGGGGAGGUGAUGAGAAUCCUGCCUCGCAUAAAUGAGGAUAUAAAUGAGGAGUGGAUCUCAGACAAAACCAGGUUUGCGUAUGAUGGACUGAAAAGGCAGAGGCUCACUCAGCCAAUGGUGAAAAAUGAGGCAGGACAGCUUGUCGCCACGUCCUGGGAGGACGCGCUGACCCGGGUGGCUGGAGUGUUACAAGGUGUUAAGGGAAGUGAUGUUGCCGCUGUGGUCGGUGGUUUGGUGGACGCCGAGGCUCUUGUUUCCCUGAAAGACUUGCUGAACCGUUUGAAUAGUGACAACCUCUGCACUGAGGAGACGUUCCCCAUGGCUGGAGCUGGAUCUGACUUGCGUUCAAACUAUCUUCUGAACGUUGGCAUAGCCGGUAUUGAAGAGGCAGACCUGCUUCUUCUGGUGGGCACCAACCCCCGCUAUGAGGCCCCUCUUUUCAAUGCACGAAUAAGAAAAAGCUGGCUGCACAAUGAGCUGAAUGUGGCUUUAGUGGGAAAGAAAGUGGACUUAAGUUACACAUACGACCACCUCGGGGAGUCUGCGGAGACCCUGCGAGGAAUAGCAGCGGGGACUCACCCGUAUGCUCAGCUCCUGGCUAAAGCGAAGCACCCCGUCGUCGUAGUUGGCAGCAGCUGCCUGCAGAGAGAGGAUGGGGCAGCGAUAAUGGCUGCUGUGUCAACCAUCGCUCAGAACGCCCGCGUCAGCAGCGGAGUGGGGGAAACCUGGAAGGUUCUCAACGUGCUUCACAGGGUUGCCAGUCAGGUGGCAGCACUUGAUCUUGGGUACCAGCCAGGAGUCGAGACUAUCAGGAAAAACCCCCCCAAAGUUCUGUUCCUACUUGGGGCCGACGCCGGCACCAUUUCUCGUCAAGACCUCCCAAAUGGCUGCCUGAUCAUUUAUCAGGGUCACCAUGGGGAUGUGGGCGCUCCCAUGGCUGAUAUCAUACUUCCUGGAGCUGCGUACACUGAAAAAUGUGGUACUUAUGUGAACACUGAAGGCCGUGCCCAGCAGACCAAAGUUGCCGUCACUCCUCCUGGACUGGCCAGGGAGGACUGGAGGAUCCUAAGAGCUCUAUCUGAGCUUGCUGGGGUGACUCUGCCUUAUGACACUCUGGAUGAGGUGCGCAGCAGGCUGGCGGAGGUUUCCCCAAAUCUGGUUCGAUACGAUGACGUCGAGGAGGCCAACUACUUCAAGCAGGCUUAUGAACUGUCAAAGGCUGUGAACCAGGCCGUCCUAACUGAGCCUUUAGUUCCUCCACAGCUUACUGUGAGGGACUUUUACAUGACAGAUUCCAUAAGCAGAGCCUCCCAGACCAUGGCAAAAUGCGUGAAAGCUGUCACAGAGGGAGCACAAGCCGUGGACGAGCCAGCCAUAUGCUAAGGCCCAAGAAAUAGCCGGAAUAAUGAUACGCACAACUCCGAUAUUUGCACAUUCCUAGAAGGAUUUGUUUAUAUUAUAACUGAUGCUUUACUCUAAAGAACAACUCCUCAUUUAUUUCCAUAAUGUAAUCAGCAUAGCUGCUAGCUGCGCUUAUUUCAGAUUAAAUGUUUCAUCAUCUUAGAUUUCCCAAAAACUCAGAAAUGCACUUCCAGCAGUUUGCUCUUUUAUUGUUGAUAUUAUUUAUUUUGUAGCAAUCGUUACCAAAGACUUAACGAUCUUAAUACUCAGAGGGUAGAUUUAGUCUUCCUUUGUUAACAAAAAAUAUACUUUAAGAAUAAAGAAAAUAUUAUUUUUUAAAGUCUAGGUAUUUGUAAAAGUGAUAUAAAAUAAUAAAGCAAAUUUAUGUCGC